GUUACCUGUCCUUUCUAGGCUUUUCUUGAACCCAACAGAACUCUCUUCCCUUUUGCUCUUUAAAUGGCGACGGCCGACCUUUUCUGCUCAUCAACAACCAUCACAUUCACUUCGUUCGGCAUAUUUAUCGAACGCCUUCUCUGCACAUCGAAUACAUUCCUAAUCUUCUGGUUGAUCAUUUACAGAGGAGAUGAGCGCCGUGGUGGAAGCAUUGAGCGAGCUGCUGAGUCUCCCCGAGACCAUGGAGAGAUUCGUGCUCUCUUCUUCUCGUCCAAACGACGUCAAUCAGAGCAACCGCGGUGGAGUCCUUGGUACUCUACCGGUGGACAUUCUCGACACCCCCAAAGAAUACAUAUUCUACAUGGAUGUUCCGGGGCUCUCCAAGUCGGAUAUUCAGGUCACAGUUGAAGAGGAGAACACGUUGGUGAUAAAGAGCAACGGGAAGAGGAAGCGGGAAGAUGGGGAGGAAGAAGGGUGCAAGUAUAUAAGACUGGAGAGGAGGCCGCCGCAGAAACUAGCUAGGAAAUUCCGGCUGCCAGAGAAUUGCAAUGUGUCGGCGAUCACUGCAAAGUGUGAAAAUGGGGUGUUGACUGUGGUGGUGGAGAAGCUGCCGCCGCCUCCUAAGCCCAAGACAGUGGAAGUUGCCAUAUCUUGAAAAGAAGGAAAAAUCAGGGUGCUGCUCUUUCUUUUGUUUUAGGGAGCACUAUAGAUAGUUAUAACUCACGCGUUCGUGUGCUAGCUUUAAGCUUAAGUUGAAUGUAUCCGAAGUUGGUGUUAUGUUUGUUUUUAAUGUAAUUGCUGUAUUGUAAGAAAUUCAUGGAGAGCGAGCUUUGCUUCA